AGCAUGUUGUUUAUACAACAGUUCAAUUAACAACGUCAUCUCAGUGCAUCAUGUUAAACAUUCUUGAUGAGAUAUCAGGACCUCUAUCAAACUUGUUUAAAUCCUUUACUAUUAAAUAAUACAUUAUUGUUCCUUAAUUUGAAUUGAUUGUUAUUUUUUACAUGUAAGUGAGCUCAGUUUGUUCAGCAUUUCAUCUCAUGUGUUUCUCAUCUUAACUCAAAUGAGUAAACCUGUACUUCAUAAGUGUUUUAGUUGAAAGCUUGGAAGAUUAAUAAAGUCAAAUGUUAUCUGCUGUUGGUAAAUUGGUAAAAUAUUCAGUUGCUAUUGGUGCCUCGGGAACAGCAGUUGGUACACUCCAUGCUAAUGAUUGGCAAGUAUCCAAUCUAGGAAUCACUCGGUUCGGUCGAGCUGCAUUUACAGUGGCAUCGAUUGCUUCUGAUUACAAGUUUUCUUUACGUGAUUUUGAUGAUGACAGUGAAGCAAGUAAAUCUGCUUGGUCUAAAGUACAUACUCGAUCAGCUGAAAAACUACUGAAGCUUUGUUCAAUAAAUGGAGGCGUUUUCAUCAAAGUUGGACAACAUAUUGGUUCCCUUGAUUAUCUUGUGCCUUCCGAGUACUGUAAAGUUUUACGAGUCCUCCACGAUCGUGCUCCAGAAUCAUCCAUUGAGAGUAUCAAAUCGGUGAUAAAGAAAGAUCUAGGCAAAGAUGCCAGUGAAAUAUUUGAGGAGUUUGAUGAUAAACCAUUGGGUACAGCAUCUUUGGCUCAAGUUUAUAAGGCUAAGCUUCGUGAUGGUCAAACUGUAGCCGUUAAAGUUCAACAUCCUGAUGUUCGAUCUCAUUCAUUGGUAGAUAUGACUAGCAUGGAUUUGCUUGUUCGUCUGGUAGCGAAAAUAUUUCCUGAAUUUUCAUUUCUCUGGCUUGCUGAAGAAAUGAAAAUAAACUUGCCUCUGGAGUUAGAUUUUAUCCAUGAAGGGCGCAAUUGUGAGCGUGUUGGUAGAUUAUUUCAUCACCUUACAUGGCUGAAAGUACCAACAGUUCUUUGGAAUUAUAGUAGUCAAAGAGUUUUAACUAUGGAAUACUUGGUUGGUGGUAAAGUUACAGAUAAAGAUUAUAUGGAAAAGAAUGGUCUCAGCACAAGAGAAAUAUCUCAUCGAUUAGGUCUGUUAUAUAGUGAAAUGAUUUUCAUGCAAGGCUAUGUGCAUUGUGAUCCACAUCCUGGAAAUAUUUUAGUUUCUAACGUUAAAGGAGAUCCACAAAUAAUUUUACUCGACCAUGGUCUUUACACGACUCUGCCUGAAAAAUUCCGCCAUCAAUAUAGUCAGCUGUGGCUUUCAUUAAUAAAAUCUGAUCUUGAAGGCAUUAAAAAAUGGGGUUUGGAGCUUGGUGCUGGUGACUUGUUUCCAUUACUUGCUUGUAUUCUUGCUGGUAAAACCUGGGAUACUAUUUCAUCAGGCUUAACGAAAACACGACCUAAAGCUCAGAGUGAAGCUGAGGAUGCGGAGCUGAAAAAUUAUGCCCGACAAUAUUUUCCACAAAUUGCUGCUAUACUUAAUCGAGUACCUCGUGAAAUGCUGUUACUUCUCAAAACAAACGAUCUACUUCGAAGUAUUGAAUACUCAUUAGGAACUAAAGGAGAAAGAACCUCUCUUUUAACAAUGUCUAAAUGUUGUGUGAGGUCAAUCUACGAAAAGAAGUUACUGGAAUGCCGUAACAUCUUAUCUUCAACCAUAAUUAGACUACAAAAGAAUUGGCAAUUAGCUAAGAUUUCAGUGUAUCAAUUUUAUCUUUGGUUCACUUGUUUAAUGUUAGUUAAUUAGUGUUUUUGUUUGUUUAAACAUAUUUUGUUUAGUCAAGAAAAGUAAAGUAAAUUUACAUUCGGACAAAAUUUGAUAUUUUAGCAAAAUCUGGAAUUUUUUUAAUUCUCAAAACCUUCUUCAAAUAUUGCAGACAUCGGUGGAAAUGUCUAGCUAUACUACAUCUUGAUGCAUUGGACUGAAGGAAUCAAAUCAUGCAUCAAAAUUUUGUAAAAAAUCGUUCAAAGAAUUUCAUGGGACCGGCUUUUUCCACCAAUUGUUCAAUCACUUUUUUCACCAUACUGCCCAUCAUAUUGUUCACCACUUAAAUCCAACACAUCCACUAUUCAUCAUUAUCGUAUCUAUCAUGUUUAAAAAGUGGUGAACAAUAGAUAAUUAAAAGUCUGUUCCCGUUUAUACAAAUGGAGUUGGAAUAAAAAAAUACAAAAUAACCUUUAUCGAUUAA